AUGGUCGUCCUCGUCGUUCCCGUCGUCCCCGCGUGUGCCGGGUUUGCUCCCUUUAGUCGCGCUGCUAGGCGAGCUAUACGGUCUACGCCGAGCUUUGCUGCGGCUAGAGCGCCCACGAACGAGUCGAGAUCCCUCCCCCAGUCUCCCCUGAGCAUUCAGGCCAGUGGUACUCCGAUCGGCGGAUCGUACGAACGACGAUCUGCCACCCGUACCCGUCUGGUGUUAGCCGCCUGCUCAGUAACCGAAGCCGUGAGGAAGACCGGGCGGCGGCAGGCCGACGAUGUGCUAGCUUACCUCUUUGACGACGUCCCUGACGUCCUGAUUGCGGGCCAGUCACUGCCAACCUGCUCGCCUAGCCCCAUCUCGGCCGCGUAUGGCCAGGACCAGCAGCUUCCGGAUCUAGGACCUGGGGCCGCUCAGUAUGCCGUGCCUAUCCUUGGCCCUCAUACUGUCUGGGUGUGUCCCACCCUCCUUCUUUUGUAA